UUGCACCUUUGACUUUCUGUGUGAGGAAGCCGCCGAGACUCAAGCUCUGCUUUCAGAGUGGGGCACCUCCUGAGGGUUCCCCCCAUUCCCGCAUUUGUAUUAUUAAAGCUGCCUUCAGUUGUCUAUACCACGAGAUAAUAUGUGGGGAGCUACCACUGAAUAGCAAAUGCAUCUUACAAGAAUGUUCGCUGCCUGACAGACGCGGCUGCGGCAAUAGUUGGUUGGCUUCGUGAAUGAAACUCCUCGGGAGAGAAAGAGGAAGGAAAGGAUUCCUGCACACUCCUUCAACCAUUUGUUUCUGGUACAUCAAGUUUGCAGCUCAGCCUCCCUGACUUGGCUAAGAAAUGGAUGGGAUUGAUCUUCACAGAAUUCCCCACGAGUCAUACACUGACAGUGGAUUUCAUGGGGUGGAGUUUCUGCCCGAAGAUUUCAGAGAGGCUCCCAAUGAAACAACAAUGAGGGUAAAUGAGAAAUACUCCUCUCUUCCUGCUGAGGAGAAGGGGAUCCACAUUAUUAACAUCAGAGCCAUUGAAGAUAUAGGAUAUGUCCGCACAGAAAGCACGAUAUUAAAUUCGUUUUCUCAAGAUCCAGAUGCCAAUUGCAAGUAUGGCCUUUAUUUUAGAGAUGGAAAAAGGAAAGUGGAUUAUAUCCUUGUUUACCACUACAAGAAGUCAUCUUUCAGCAGAACACUCACCAGACGAAUCCAUUUUAAUGACUUGGGGCCUCGUAAUAUCAAACAUGAUCAGCCACUUCCUGGAAAAGGAGGGGAGGUGAACAUGGAUGAAAAGGAACCCCACAUAGACUACCAUGAAGAUGACAAGAGAUUCCGUAGAGAAGAAUAUGAAAGCAACCUUAUGCAGGCGGGUCUUGAGCUGGAAAGAGAUGAAGAUACUAAAAUACACGGGCUCGGAUUUGUAAAAAUACAUGCACCUUGGAGUGUUUUGUGUCGAGAAGCGGAAUUUAUGAAAUUGAAGAUGCCUACAAAAAAGGUAUACCAAAUUCAUCAGCCACAUGGCCUUUUGAAAAAAAUUAAUUCUGUAAUCCAAAAAAUUACAGAGCCCAUCCAACCUAAAGUGGCAGAACACAAACAACAGACAGUGAAACGUCUAUCUUACCCCUUCUCUAGGGAGAAACAACACUUAUUUGACUUGUCUGACAAAGAGUCCUUUUUUGACAGCAAAACUAGAAGCACCAUAGUUUACGAAAUACUGAAAAGAACUACCUGCACCAAAGCUAAAUACAGCAUGGGGAAAGGAGAGGGAAGAAAGACGGAAACUGCCCUUUUAAAUAAAAGGCGAAAGUGUGAUAAAUACGGGAUCACCAGUCUGCUUGCCAAUGGCGUUUACAGUGCUGCAUAUCCCUUGCAUGAUGGUGACUAUGAAGGUGAACAUGUUGAACCCAAUGACAGAAAACUCCUAUGUGAAGAAUGGGCAAGCUAUGGAGUUUUUUACAAGUACCAGCCAAUUGACCUAGUAAGGAAGUACUUUGGUGAGAAGAUUGGAUUGUAUUUUGCCUGGCUGGGAGUUUAUACUCAGAUGCUCAUUCCAGCUUCCAUCGUAGGGAUUAUCGUGUUCCUGUAUGGUUGCGCAACAAUGAAUGAGAAUAUACCAAGUAUGGAGAUGUGUGACCAGAGAAACAAUAUCACCAUGUGUCCCUUAUGCGACAGAACAUGCAGCUACUGGAAAAUGAGCUCUGCUUGUGCCACAGCUCGUGCAAGCCAUCUAUUUGACAACCCAGCAACUGUCUUCUUCUCUGUCUUCAUGGCUUUGUGGGCUGCCACAUUCAUGGAACACUGGAAGAGAAAACAGAUGCGGCUGAACUAUAGAUGGGAUUUGACUGGGUUCGAAGAAGAGGAAGAGGCAGUCAAGGAUCACCCAAGGGCUGAGUAUGAAGCUAAAGUAUUAGAAAAGUCACUAAGGAAAGAAUACAGAAAUAAAGAGAAGGGUCAGCAGUUGCCAGAAGAGGCAGCAAACAAAUGGCGACAAAGAGUUAAGAAAGUCAUGGCUGGGGUGAAAUUGACUGAAAAAGAAAAAUUGACAUGGAAAGAUCGUUUUCCAGCAUACUUUACAAAUUUUGUGAGCAUUAUUUUCAUGAUUGGGCUGACAUUUGCAAUUGUUUUUGGGGUCAUCAUAUACCGAAUCUCCACUGCAGCAGCUUUAGCCAUCAAUUCAUCUCCAGCUGGCCGGUCUAAUAUUAGAGUAACUGUAACUGCAACUGCAGUAAUUAUUAAUCUGGUGGUGAUAAUAAUAUUGGAUGAAGUAUAUGGCUGCAUAGCCAGAUGGCUGACCCAGAUUGAGGUUCCAAAAACCGACAAGAGUUUUGAAGAACGUUUGAUUUUCAAGGCCUUCCUUCUGAAAUUUGUCAAUGCUUACACUCCCAUUUUUUAUGUUGCUUUCUUCAAGGGGCGAUUUGUUGGACGCCCAGGUGACUACGUCUACAUUUUUCAUUCUUUCAGAAUGGAAGAGUGUGCUCCUGGGGGUUGUUUAAUGGAAUUGUGUAUACAACUCAGCAUUAUUAUGUUGGGCAAACAGCUGAUUCAGAAUAAUCUUUUUGAGAUUGGCAUCCCAAAAAUGAAAAAAUUGAUAAGAUACUUGAAACUGAAACGACGACAGCCUGUAGACUAUGAAGAGCACAUGAAGAAAAAACAGCGCUAUGAAGUAGACUAUAACUUAGAGCCUUUUGCAGGCUUGACUCCGGAAUACAUGGAAAUGAUCAUCCAGUUUGGAUUUGUAACCCUGUUUGUUGCAUCCUUCCCAUUGGCUCCCUUAUUUGCACUGCUGAACAACAUCAUUGAAAUACGUCUGGAUGCAAGGAAGUUUGUUACUGAGCUUAGGAGGCCAGUUGCAGUUAGAGCCAAAGAUAUAGGAAUAUGGUAUAAUAUCCUCAGAGGUGUAGGAAAACUUGCUGUGAUAAUAAAUGCAUUUGUGAUCUCAUUCACAUCUGACUUCAUUCCACGCCUCGUGUACCUGUAUAUGUACAGUGAAAAUGGCACCAUGCAUGGCUUCGUGAACCAUACGCUAUCCUAUUUUAAUGUCAGCGAUUUUCAAGAAGGAACAGCUCCUAAUGACUCUAUGGAGCUUGGCUACCCAGUCCAAAUAUGCAGAUACAAAGAUUACCGAGAACCCCCAUGGUCUGAAAAUAAAUAUGAAAUUGCAAAGGAUUUCUGGGCUGUGCUAGCAGCAAGAUUAGCAUUUGUCAUAGUGUUCCAGAAUUUGGUCAUGUUUAUGAGUGAUUUCGUGGACUGGAUUAUUCCAGACAUUCCCAAGGACAUUAGUCAACAAAUUCAUAAAGAGAAAGUUCUUAUGGUGGAGGUCUUCAUGAAGGAAGAACAAGGAAAGCUGCAGUUGCUAGAAACCUGGAGAGAUAAAGACAAAAAGAAAGGUGAAAACUGUAAUAACCAUAGCCCAAGGCCAUCAGUAAGCCUUAGAGGGAGUGUGUCUUCCUGUCAUUCGUGCCAUGUUGAAGUGUAGAAGAGGAAGUUGUUUUCCAUUGGGGCAUUCCAUUCAUAAGCCAUUACUUAAAAGGAUAGAACUUGAUUCUUAAACAACCUGGUGCAUGUUUAAGCAUUUGCAACCAUUUUGCUUGUAUCUGUGUGAAAAACAAUGUUUGUACACAGAUGGAGGACCAUAUUCUGUUUUUUACAAGAUGGGGGGGUUUUUUUGCACAACAAGUAAUGCAGGGAUUUUUUUACAUAUUAUAUAUAGAUAUAUUAUCUAUAUUUCAUGGUUAGCUUCUAACUAUCACUGUUUUUAUAUAAAAAGCAGCUAGGUUUCAGUAGGCUGUUCUCUGAGAAUUUUAUUUUAGCUUCUUUACUGAGAAACAACUGAAGGAAAACAUCAAAUUGCAAGUAUUUUAAAAAUUAGUUCCCCAUUCCUGAGAAGUUGUUUGGGAGCCUUAUAGUCAAUAAAACCAAAUAAACAUGUAAUUGGGCAUGCAUCUUUGCAAGAUUGUGGUAGAAAAAUGCUCAACUUUGAACUAGCAGACUUUGUAAAAGGAGAAAUCCUUUUACAUUUCCUGGGUUUUAUAUGCUGUAUACUCUGUUGUUUUUUUUAAGUAAAAAGAGUGGCAGCAUUGUUUCAUUUUUCAUUUUAUUGGAAUCUCUAGUUAUUGGUAUAAUUCCUCAAUUCGGCUGACUUCAUUCAUAAUUCCAAAAAAAUGUUCAGAGCAAAAUUAUUAAGUUUAUUACUGCAUCCAAGAGCAGGUCACUUAAAUAACUUUCAUUUCUUUUUAUGUAAGAGAUGAAGAAUUUGUGGAAGGGCGGUUGUUGUUCUCCGGCCGUGAAAGCCUUCGACAAUACAUUGUGGAAGGGCAUUUAGUUUAGUAAUGCAGAGCAUCUAGUGCACAUUCAAAAGGGGUUCCAGAGGACAAGAUGGAAUAUUAGCAACAGCACAACUUCCCCAAGCACUGAAGGGCCUUUUUUAAAAGUGCCCUGAACUAAAGAGCACACACAGAGCUACCUGCAACUUGCACUGCCCAUCAUAGACAAUAAUAUCUUAUUACUGAAG